AUGAGUAUCCUUUGCUGCGGCUGUGGCAAGAGACGCCAUAACUACGAGUUUUCUUCAAAGGAGAUCGCUAAGGGCACAGGUGCGGCACGAUGUGAUAAGUGCAGAGGCAGGCAUCCUACUCGCGGUGGUGGUGGUGGUGGUGGUGGCGGCGGCGGCGGAGGACAGAAAACCACCUCUGGCCGAUACAACGGCUCGGGCAACGCCGAGUUUGCGGAACAUGACCUCGAGCACCCCUUCGGCGAGGGAAGCUUCCGCUACGUGUCCAAAGGCCGAUAUACCAGUGGUCCCCGCAAGGGUGAGGCCUGCGUCGCCAAGUUUUUCAAGAACAAAGGCGAGCUGGCCGACGAGUUCUUUGCAGACGACAAGAAGGUGGUCACCAGAACCCUCGACAUUAUCCGCAAGUUCAACGACGAGAACAUCAUCAGCCAGAAGAUCAAGGUCAACGUCCCUGAGAUGGCCCAAUUUGGCGAGGGUUCCGGUCGGCCCGGCACCAAGUUUCAGGUGGAGCCAUUCAUUGACAAGUACCAGAAGUGGAACAGCAACAGCGGGUGGAACGACUCCAAGACCAGGACGGCCCGUAAGAUGCAGGCACUGAGCCACUUCUCGUACCACGACAGCGGCGGCCGCUAUCUCCUGUGUGAUGUGCAGGGGGGCGACCACGGCGACCGCAUCGUGUUGACCGACCCGGUCAUCAUCUCCAAAAGUCACGGCUACGGCGUCACCGACCUCGGCCCCGGGGGCAUGCGUACCUUCUUCCACAAACACAAGUGCAACGAGUACUGCGGCAAAAAUUGGUCCACCCCCAGCGAACCCGCUGCGCGCUACCCCAUCGUCCUAGGCACCACUAUGCUGCCACGGCGGGCAAUCCUGGCAACACUGGGCCGUACGCUGGAGGCGGCGGAGGCAACGGCGGCUACGGAGGCAACGGCGGCAUUCGCCAAGGCUACCAGUACCCUAUAG